GGCACUAACCAGUCCCAGUGGCAAGCCAUGACCUGCAGGCACCCAAAGUGCUGAGGCCAGAAGAGUGUGAAUGUGGGGAGAAACAUCAAACCGGAGUACUGAGGGCUAUUUGAUUGCGGCACCUUCUGUUUUCCGAUCUGGUGUUGAGGAAGCUAUAAGUGUAACCAUCUUUAACUCUGUCAAGGAGACAACAGUCCAGAUUCAGUUAGUAGUCAAAGGAGAAACUGUGUCACGAGGCCAUGGAACAGUUCUGGAUAAAGGAACAAUUAAGCUGAAGGUGCCUUCAGGACUUCGUGGGCAAGCACAUCUUAAAGUCUGGGGCAACCGGCAUCUAGCAGAGGAAGGCUACAUUUUUCAUAACUAUACUACAGUAACCAUUGAUAGCAAAGGAUCAUCAGUGUUCAUCCAGACUGAUAAACCUGUCUAUAAACCCAAGCAGAAAGUGUUGAUAAACCUCUAUACGGUGACUUCUGACUUGAGACCAGUCAAUGACAGGAUUGAAGCUUAUGUGGUGGAUCCUCGAGGGUCUCGUAUGAUAGAGUGGAGCAAUUUGAAGCCAUUUUGUUGUGGUAUUGUAAAUAUGAGUUUUCCUUUGUCUGAUCAGCCAGUGUUUGGUGAAUGGCUCAUCUUUGCUGAAAUGCAGGGGCACACGUACAACAAAUCCUUUGAAGUUCAGAAAUAUGUAUUACCAAAGUUUGAGUUGCUGAUUGAUCCCCCUCGCUACAUUCGUGACCUUUCACUGUGCGAAAAAGGAACUGUCCAUGCCAGAUAUACAUUUGGAAAACCAGUGACAGGAAAGUUAAUUGUCAAUAUGACUAUAAAUGGCGUAGGGUACUACAGGCAUGAAGUGGGACACCCUGUCCUUAAGACCACACAGAUUGAUGGCUCUGCUGUUUUCGAUGUGUGUGUGAAAGACAUGAUGCCAGCUGAUGUUCCGGAACAUUUUCGAGGCACGGUCAAUAUCUGGGCCACAGUGAUCAGCUCUGAUGGGAGCAAGCAGGUUACAUUUGAUGACUCCACACCUGUUCAGAAACAGCUGAUUGAUAUCAAGUACUCCAAGGAUACCAGAAAGCAAUUCAAACCUGGACUACCUUACAAAGGAAAGGUAGAAGUCACUUACCCUGAUGGAAGUCCAGCUGACAGAGUCACUAUCCGAAUUAAAGCUGAACUCACACCAAAGGACAACGUUUAUACAAGUGAACUGGUAUCAAGAAAUGGCCUGGUGGAGUUUGAAAUCCCUUCCAUCCCUACAGCUGCCCAAUAUGUCUGGCUGGAGACCAAAGUGACAGCGAUUGAUGGGAAACCGUCUGGGGAUCAGUAUCUGCCAAACUACUUGUCCAUCAGUAGCUGGUACUCGCCCAGCAAGUGUCACAUCCAGCUCCAGGCACCAGAUAAACCUUUCCAGGUAGGAGAGGAGGCUUGGAUUGCAGUGAAGUCCACAUGUCCUUGCAACUUCACCCUACAUUAUGAAGUGGCAUCGCGAGGCAACAUUGUCCUUUCAGGACUGCAGUCCAGUAACAUCACCCAGCAGAGGAGCAAAAGAGCCACCUUUCCCUUUGAGAAGAACAUUGAUAUCACACACUUCCCAGGAACAGCACCUACCAGUAUCCCUGCAGCAGAAGUUGAAGUCUGCAUGACAUUUCUCCGGUUCUCAGUAGUUCACAACAUGGCUCCCUUGGGCCGUCUUCUGGUGUAUUAUGUCAGGGAGAAUGGAGAAGGGGUUACAGACAGCCUGCAGUUCACGGUGAAGUCCUCCUUUGAAAAUCAGGUUGCAGUGGCGCUCUCAGCAAAUGAGACCAGACCUGGUGAUGUUGUGAACAUCAAGGUCAGAGCUGCAAAAUCAAGCUGCGUCUGCGUUGCCACUGUGGAUAAGAGUGUCUACUUGCUGAAGACAGGUUUUCAGCUGACAGCCAGUCAGGUUUUUCAAGAGCUUGCAGAAUAUGAUGUAUCUGAUGCUUUUGGAGCUCCGAAGGAAGAAGGGCACUUCUGGUGGCCAGGCAUGUCCUCACGUAGACGCCGUAGAUCUUCUGUCUUUCCCUGGCACUGGGACAUCACCAAGGAUGCUCGCUUCGCGUUUACAGAAACUGGCUUGGUUGUAAUGACUGAUAUAGUCAGCUUAAACCACAGACAAAAUGGAGGCAUGUACACAGAUGAGGCUGUCCCAGCUUUUCAGCCGCAUACUGGGACGUUGGUGGCUACAAUGCAUUCUAAAAUAGCACCAAGAGCAGAGAAGAGAAAAAGAACCUUCUUUCCUGAAACAUGGAUUUGGCACUGCCUCAAUGUCAGUAAUGUAUCGGGAGAAGCACAGCUGCACGUGGAAGUGCCAGACUCCAUCACUACGUGGAUAACUGAAGCUGUGGGUCUGUCUGAGCAGAAGGGGUUAGGCAUUGCCAGUCAAACCGAACUGAAGACUUUUAAACCUUUCUUCAUUGAUUUCACCUUGCCGUACCAUGUCAUCCGGGGAGAACAGACCAAAAUCCCAUUGACUGUCUACAAUUACUUAGCUGUCUGUGUAGAGGUCCAUGUGAAGAUUUCUGUUCCAAAAGGCAUAAAGUUUGUUGGGCAUCCUGGGAAACACCAUCUGACAAGAAAGAAGUGCGUUGCCCCUGGGGAAGCUAAACCCACCUCUAUCGUUUUGUCCUUCAAUGAGCUUGGACUGAGCAACAUCACUGCAAAAGCUUUUGCUUAUGGUAGAACUAAUUGCUGUCAGGAUGGGAUGCAGACCUUAAAGAAUGGCAAGCACUCGGAGGACAAUUAUAUGGACAAAAGGACCCCAGUGGGAAUGGAUUAUGUUCGCAGUAGCGUUAUUAUUGAGCCAGAGGGACUGUCCAGAGAAUACACCUAUAGUGUGUUCUUCUGCCCAAAUGAGAAAAUACACAUUUCUACACCUAACAAAUAUGAGUACCAAUACAUGCAGAAACCUGCCCAGAUGACACACUUUGACAUUGCUGUGAAAGCACACAAUGAUGCUCACGUGGCCUUGUCCUCUGGUCCACAUGACAUGGCAGAGAUGACUGAGAUUGUUAUUGGUGGACAUCAAAAUACUAGAACUUGGAUUUCCAUAAGCAAAAUGGGUGAGCCAGUGGUCAGCAGGGACACAGCUGGUAUCCUCUCCUGGGAUGAAUUCCGCAGCUUCUGGAUCAGCUGGAAAAAUGGAAUUAUCCAGGUUGGCCAUGGUACUCGGGUGCUAAAUGAGUCUAUUAUUGUGGAAUGGACAGUCCCCAAACCGCUUGAGGUGAAGUACAUUGGCUUUUCCACAGGCUGGGGGUCAAUGGGAGAGUUUAAAAUUUGGAGAAAAGAAGAGACUGAUGAAAAUCACAAUGAAGCAUUUACUCUUGGAGUUCCCCACAACAUAAUUCCAGGAUCAGAAAGAGCUACGGCUUCAAUAAUAGGAGAUGUGAUGGGUCCUACACUGAACAACUUGGACAAUCUUUUGCGAUUACCAUUUGGAUGUGGGGAGCAGAACAUGAUCCAUUUUGCUCCUAAUGUUUUUGUCCUGAAAUAUCUGCAGAAAACCAAACAACUCAGUCAUGAGGUGGAGAGUGAAGCUACUGAUUACCUUGUUCAAGGCUACCAGCGCCAGCUGACCUACAAGAGACAAGAUGGUUCAUACAGUGCUUUUGGCGAGAGGGAUUCCUCGGGGAGUAUGUGGCUAACAGCUUUUGUCCUCAAGUCCUUUGCACAGUCUCGUGGGUUUAUUUUCAUUGACCCGAAAGAACUAACAGCUGCCAAAGACUGGAUCAUCCAGCAUCAGAAAGAAGAUGGUUCUUUUCCUGCUAUGGGCAGGAUACUAAAUAAGGACAUUCAGGGUGGAAUCCAUGGUAAGAUCUCCCUGACAGCUUACGUGGUUGCAUCUCUUCUGGAAACAGGUGUAACUUCUGAGGAAGAAAGAACAGCUGUUGACAAAGCAAAACACUUCUUAGAGUCCAACUUGUAUUCAGCAGAAGACCCCUACACUACUGCCUUGAUUGCAUAUGCCCUGACACUGCUACACAGUCCCUCUGCUGCUGUGACGCUGCGGAAAAUGAACAGCAUGGCUAUUACACAAGAUGGCUUUACACACUGGAGCUUGACGGGAACUCUUGUUACUGAUGAAGAUACCUUCAUGGGAUUUAAUGAUGGUCUCUCUCAAUCAGUUGUUUCUGCAGAAGUGGAAAUGACAUCUUAUGCCCUUUUGACGUACACACUCUUAGGAGACGUGGCCUCUGCGCUCCCAGUAGUAAAAUGGCUUUCUCAGCAAAGGAACGCGCUUGGAGGAUUCUCGUCUACUCAGGACACGUGUGUGGCCCUGCAGGCUCUGGCUGAAUAUGCUAUCCUUUCUUAUGUUGGAGGAGUCAACCUCACCAUUUCCUUGGCUUCUACUAAUCUAGACUACCAGGAGACAUUUGAGCUUAACAAGAUGAAUAAAAAAGUCCUCCAGACUGCAGUGAUCCCCAGUAUUCCAACGGGGCUGUUUGUGAGUGCCAAAGGUGAAGGCUGCUGCCUGAUGCAGAUUGAUGUCACUUACAAUGUACCUGAUCCUAUUGCCAAACCAGCUUUCCAGCUCCUGGUUAACCUGAAGGAGCCAAAGUCAGAGCAGCAUCUUCAAGCUCCAAAUCUCCUGCGGUCUGUCUCUCCAGAUGAGAAUCGCUCCGAAGCCUUGCACAGAGAGAGGGCACUGGUGGAUGAUGAUGACCCAGCUUCAGAUCAGGACCAUCAGGAGUACAAAGUCAUACUGGAGACGUGCACUAGAUGGCUGCACUCUGGAUCUUCUAACAUGGCUGUCUUGGAAGUACCAUUGUUCUCAGGAUUUCGUGCUGAUAUUGAGAGCCUAGAGCAGUUAUUGAUGAACAAGCAAAUUGGAUUAAAAAGAUACGAAGUGGAUGGAAGAAAAGUCCUUUUUUAUUUUGAUGAGAUUCCCAGCCAGUGCAUGACCUGUGUAAAGUUUCAAGCUUUCAGAGAGCAUAUAGUUGGGAAAACAGCUCCUGUUCCUAUCAAAGUAUAUGAUUACUAUGAGCCAGCUUUUGAAGCAACUCGUUUCUACAACGUGAGUGAAAACAGUCCCUUGGCUCGGGAGCUCUGUGAUGGGCCAACGUGCAAUGAGGUGGAAAGCUCAGCUAGCCAGUGGGUUGGCUUUGUUCACUCUGGACCAUGCAAUAACAUUUUUGGCUGCUUGGAGGAUGAGUAUUUUGAGCAGUGCAUGUGUUCGCGAGACUGUGGCUAUGAUGGGGAGCCUGUAUGUGGAUCAGAUGGACAGAUUUACCCGAACCAUUGCCAGAUGGAAGUAGCAUCGUGCAGGAAUAAUACAAGGAUAGAACAGAUGCCUAUGUCUCAGUGUUCUGCCUCCAAGAAUUUGCCAGAAGAAAGGGAGACACACUCCCACACAGUUGAGCAACCCAGUGUUCAACAAACUCCAGCAGCAGAGGAAGGCCCUCCGCUACAGACAGAUCUGUCAUACUACUCCUAUGAAUAUGACCCAGACCCCUAUGCAUCGGAAGCAGACGUUUUUGAGAUUGUGGCAGAACUGACAACAGCAAGCACAUUAAAAGAAGUGGACAAGAUUCAGGAAGUGGUGACCACAGUAGAAUGGUGAGCCAGAGAGUGGGGCAUCAUAAAUCUGGUUUGAGAGUCAACAUAUAAUGUACCAACUCAUGUGUUGGGUCAAAUAUAUUCAACUUCUCAAAAUGGGCGUUCUUACAACUGACUUGCUAACGUCUUUAGCAAGGAAUCACCAGGAACGAGGUCUUGCUAGGGCAGCAUAUAAAAGUCUUCAUGACUUGAAUGUCUCCAUCCCUAGCAGACUAAAAAAGUGACCUUUUAAGCCCAGCCCCAGAGAUGUUUCACAAAGACAUGUAAUGGGAAAGUGACUUUUCUUCAUUAUAUUCUCUUUUCAACAGAAAUAUAUAAUUUAAAUAAAGAGAAGAGGCUCAGAAUCAACUCCUGUAUGAGUUUGUUCCUACAGACGACCUGCUGCAGAACAGAAACCGAACGAUGACUACUUCCUGAGGCACUCAGAACUGUAGGCUUUGCUGCCCCAUGGGGGGGGGGGAUCUGGAGCGCUAAGGGGGACACUCGGCGUUAUUUUUCUGUCAAUUUUCCUGCCUUUUGUGCAUCCUCUUUGGAUUACUUCCAAGGAUGGGAGACCAAUAUACUGUGCCCUCUAGGUGAGAAAAAUAGGGGCUGGAAUCCAAACCUAUAGUCCAUUUCAAAGCAUUUUCUCUACUAUCAGGAUGCUGCAAAUGCCAUUUCCUAGCUACAUUUAGAAGCUAAGUCCAGGCCUUGUGCUUAGCUGAACUGCUGUUUGAGGAAAGAUGGCUGAGAAGUUUUCUCUCAAAUUAUAAUAAUAAAAAUCAGUGUGUUUUGCUAAUGAUGACAUAGCAAGAAACUAAUCAUCUUCCCCAGCCCGUAAGUCUGCUGCACCCACAGCAAUGUCUCACAAGAGACAAACUUCCCUAGUGGCUCCAUGUUCAGGAAAGUUGUUGGGAGGUACAUUUUACAAGAGAAAACUGAAAUCCUGUGUCAGGGCUGAAAGGCUUGACUGUCCACCAUGUGGCUGCAGGCUUCAGGUGGGGAGUUUGCCAGCCAUAGCAGUGACAAGGAUCAGGUGGGUGAGCCCUCUUCAUGUUGCACUAUGUGCUGAUAAGGGCUGCUUGCAGCCUUCUCAGCCCCUUUCCUCCUUGUAACCCUGGCAUGAAAAUAAAGCUGACCCAAGGACCAGUCCUUUUAAAUCCUUGCCUGACUUCACCAAUUGCUUUUAUUCUGCUCCCACUAGGAUCCCCAUACAGUGGUUGUUCUGGAUAUGGUAAUCUGUGCAUAGGCCCUGGGUCUGCUGGCCAGUACAAAUCACUGGUGUCACAGAGGCUGGACUCCCUUAGACUGACCUGCCCCAAGCAAUGUGGUAAAACUAAAAACAAAAGCUUUGUGUUUCCAAAAGUGCAGGAGCCAAGAUUUUUUGGUUUCCCUUCCUGCCUGGAGCAGCAUUGUUCUCUUUGGAGGAGUUACAUGCAAUUGCCUGUUGCAAAAUAGUGUUAAUAUUUUAUCUUCCCACUUCUAUUGUUACCAGGACCCAGAGUGGGGUGGAAACUCCUUUUGAGGGUGUUUAUUGGUGAAUGGAAACAGGAAAAAGCCCAGCUCCAUUCAUUUUUAGGGCUUGUUUACACAGGAACCAUGACAAGAAUAUAUCCCAGUAUAGACAUUCCAUUCCAGAAUAAAGGCAAUUUUAUUCCAGAAAAAUGUCCACAUGGGGACAAAACAGGAGGUAUCCCAGAAGUUGGGCAUAUGCAGUUUCCAGUCCUUUUUGUUUGGGGCCAGAUAUUUGCAGAAUGUAGUUGACAUGAUGAAGGUCUUGGUCUUGAAGUUCCCAGAAAUUUCAGAACUGCUUUGUUGGCAAUUUUCCAAGCCCUUCCUUCACGGCUGCUCUGAGCUCUCCUCGCAGGAUCUUGACGUGGCUGCUGCCCAUAUGUACCCACUGCUGCUCAGCAGAGGUUUUUGCCACGUCUCUUCAGUGUGCAUGAACAGACCACGUCCUCACUGUGUCCGCACAGCACAGCGGAAGCGCUGGCGGCUGCAUUCCUGUCUGGCAGGUAAAUAAAUGCCUUUAAACUAAAUUCCAUCUCCUGUAAGUAACUGGCCUGGCAGACACUGGCUAUUGUGUACACACACAGGACUGAGUCAAUAUUUAUCCCCUGGGUAAAUAACAGACCUAGUGUGAGCUGCAACAAGAGUUUGGGUUUUUUUUUUUUUCCUUUUCUAAAUAUCAAAGCUGCACAAUACAAACCCUGCUGUUUGCUGGUUCCAGCCUCAGCUGUUUAAUGCUUUGAGUCUGGAAGAAUGAGACAUUUAGUCACCCUGAUAAUGUCUGUGUGACUAGCUUCCCACAGAAGCUGGGACCUGUUCUGGAUUCUUCAGCCUCCUAUCCUCUGGCUUUAGUUUCCUUGUCUUGUCCAUUGCAUGCUUUUGGAUAGAUAUUUGAAGUCAUUUUAUAUUGCUUGGUCCUCUCAUAGAUCCUUGGGCACCCAGACAGCAUCACCACUGGGGACAUGGAGAUUAAGUUAGGGCAUUUCAGCCAAAUAUUAAAUCUUACUUUCUUCACUUUCCUCAGGCUCUGGUACAUGUAAUGUGCUAAUUCAAGAUGCAGACAUCUUCCCGUUGCUGCCAGCUAAAUAAUUCCUCCUGGCAGUGCCAGCCCAUCAACCACCAUCAACCAUGGCCUUGUUCUGUGGGCUCUCUGUGUGCCAGUGCACUCUCCUGGUUGAGGCAGAGGAGUCUUGCUGCUGUUUUACAACUUGAGGAAGAGCUAGAGAGACCUGGACCCUCAGAAGGCAGUGGCAGAGCAGCCUUAGCGUCCCUAAACAGAUACAGUUAGAACAGGACAGUGUGUGUGAGGAAAUGUGCCAGGGUUUCUGGAUCCUGGAGCCUGACUUCACCUCGAGUGCUUCUUCACACGUUUGGCACUUUCAGGGAAAUCACUCGUCCAUCUGCUCUAGGCAGCCUCCACCUUCCCCCAGUCUUGCCACACAAAACUAGCUCUUUUCUGUAGUUUAAAAAAAAAAGCCAUUUUAUUUAAGGAAUUGAAUAAAGGAACCUGCAAUUACACGGUUGUGGUUGCCCUUUUCUCCCCUAUCACAGGAGUAAAGGAGCAGGUCUCUGCCCUCUUCUCCACCUCAGUUAAUGGUCCCUCUGCCCAUAGCUUUCCCUUGCUCCAGAUUUGUUGUCGUGUUUCUUGUAAUCAUUCUUAUCUAGGAAAAAAAAAUCCUAGAAUAUUUUUCCUCCAUUCUUCAAAAUCCUCCUUAGAAUACAGGAACUCUUUAGCACUAGGUCCACUAGGACCACUGGACACAGCGUAGCCUUAUCAGACUCAGUGUUAUUCAUAGGCUUUGGCCCAGUUCUGACUUUGAAGCUUAUCAGUCACACUGAUAAGAGAAUGCAAAGAUGUAGCACUGGAAACUCAGGCUCUAACUGUGUGAAGACCAGCCCAUUAUGGUUUGGGGAGAAGGGAUUGAUUUUUUUUUUGUUUGUUUUUUGUUUUUUUUUUGUUUUUCCACCAAGGAAGAGGCCAGCUCGGUGGUGGAAAGCCAGCAAGGACAGCAGGCCUGCUGCUGCUUUGGGCUUUGGAUGUUUCUGGCUUAGAGAUGUUUGCCUCCCUCUGUCAGAGAGAUGCUGCUCCUUUCCUUUCUCUGAUGGUCCCUCAUUGCAAAAGGAGAAAAGUGCCAGUGGGUUUGUAAGAUUCCUACUUACAUCAAGUUAUGUUACUGAAUAGCUGCAGCAGUGCUAGUUAUCAGUGAUUUUUGCUUGCAGUCCUUUCAAUGAAAUUAAUAUUUAUAUAUUUGUAACUGUACAUUAUGCAGAGUAAUCAUUACCAUGGUAUUUAUUUUAAAGCAAUAGUUCCCUUGUUCUUUCUUGUCCAAGUGUUUUGGUCUUCCCUCUUUCCCCUCUUCUUAAUCAGCCUCAGUAGAAAACAAAUACCAGAAUAAUAUUCAGCUUGCUUGAAGAACAUCAUCGAAACAACGGCACUUGCUUUGCUGAUGUCAAUUACUGACAUUUAAUGCACAAUAACCUGGGUUUCAUUAUUGUGAAUAGAUCAUCUAUUUAGAAAACCUCAACUCAGUUUGGGUUUUGGGGUUGGGUUUGGGGUUUUUUUAGUACUUGCUAUUUCUGACUGGCAAUAGCCCUGGCUACACCAGGUCUCCUGUGGUCAGUGGCGGGCACGUCCUCUGCACGUGCAGUACUGCACCCACAGGGGAUAGGCUCUAGUUUUUCACCUGC